UAGGAUUAAAUAACCCUUUCCCGGUUUAGCAUUAUCCCGCCAGCUAAGACCGGGAAAUAGACGUAUUAUCCCUUCUAAGUCAGAUGUUCUAUAUCAAGAGAGGAUAAAAGACCCUUCUCUGACCUUCUCUACUCUCUUGUUGUUAUAUAUUAUUGGUGUUUCUCUUCAUGUCUUUGAUCACAGCUUGCGCCUUUAGCUUAGCAUCUUUCAUUUGGUUUUCAUUCUUUCUCUUUUCAGACGUCAUGUGAAUAUAAACAGCAUAUUAUUAAUUCCCUUCAGGGCUUUUCAAAAAUAAUUUACAACGGUGUGUGUUAGCUUGUUUGUGCAGUUUACAGUUGAAAGAGUAAUGGGUUAUGAAUGCUAUUCUAUUGUUACUAAUGUGAAAUCAGAAGAAAAAAGAGUUAGUAUCACUGCCACAGAUUUGAUACGUCGCUGGCAGUUUUUGCGUCCAGUUCCACUGAGUCUUGGAGUAAAAGUAUUUUUAGACAGGGAUACGGUAGCCUUUGUACAGCCGCCCUCUCUAAACAACAACGACGGCGACGUCGUGCUUAUUCCAUCUAACGUUGGCAAAUUUUUUUUGGAGUUGAAUAAUUCCAAAGGACUGUAUCAAAGUUGAGGAAAAGGAAAAGAAACGUUGUUGUCUUGUGUUCCCGUCCUUGACAAAACGUUAUAUUACGCAGUUUCACGUUGUAGGCGUGCAAUGAAAUUUAAAAGAAAUGUACAGAAAGAGCGUGAUGUAUGUCAAAGUUGUUGUUCUGCUAAUAUAGACCCAAUGCCUUUUUGCCGUUGCCGUUUUCGUUGCCGUCGCCGUCGUCGUUGCUUAAGCUCCCUAAAAAUGAGCGGAAGGAGCGGCCGUACACAGGGUAGGAAUACGGGUUUUCGUCCUUGUCUGCGAACACUAGAUAGUCUAUCUAUUGGCAGACGUCCCAGGAAAGGCAGCACGUUCACCUUAGUAGUUGAAAAAUAAACCCGAGUGUUGGUCGGGUCUCAUCUGGUAGGGAAUGGAACGCGGGCUUUUGGCUACCCAGGUGACCGUCUAAGAAAAACUCGGCGUGGAGUUUAGUUUAGAAAGUGCAACAGAGGAAAUGUAGUGUUAUUUUUGGGCAUGUUUUGACAGGUCAUAUUUGAUUAAAUUCGAUAAAUUUUAACUGUGGUGAUAUCCUGAGCUAUGGAACUGAUAAGUAUGUAUGUAAGCAUGUGUCAAAGAUGCGUUUUCCAACACUUUUUUUAAACCUCGAGUACAUAUUAAAAUUAAAGCCAUAUGUACAGAGAUGUAAACUGAUAGGCUUCAAACCACAAAACGUGUUGAAAUUUGGAUGAGCCUCGCUGAAACAAAUCGUCAAAUAUGACUUGUCUGGGUAACUUUUCAUCAGUACAUACACUGAAGCCAUUUGAAAUAUUUCUACUGGUAUCAAACACCGACUUAGGUAUCCAAUUUCCCCCCCAAAUAGCUUUACCCUCCGGCUUUGCUCCUAACAUAGCAGCGUUUCUAUUUUUAAGUUUCUCUAUAAAAUCCUCAUGUUCUUAUGGAAUUUCUCGGUCAUGACAUUCCCGAGAGAGACUCGCUGCAUGCUAUCAUUCAAUUAAAAUCUCAUUGCACUAGCAUGCUCCUGUAAUACAAGAUGUUUUUCUGUUUCUUUUGCUGGAGAAAUGAGUUUUUUUACCUCUGAGUUUCAGCUUUAAAGCUGACGACAAUAGAAAUGAAAGUAGAUCUUUUCUAUAAAGGUACACAACCACAUUUGUCCGUGACGCUUCACAAUCAUGAUAUGGUAAAAAGAAUGAAGCCAAAAAGCGUACAAAAACAUUGAAAUCUAAAAAUAUACCGCAGAUAGUGGAUAUUGUCCUUAACAGGACAGGGGCACCCAACCUCAAAUAUCUGUUCGGAAGACGAUUUGAGAUCUAGAAUUUUCGGAACAUUUGUCGUAAAUUAAUUUCUUGCUUGCCUGCCUCUUCUAGGAUUUUCGAACAUCUAAAAAAUGGUAUAAUUGCCCAUUUUUAACGGAUGUUUACCCCAAAAAGGUCACCUAGAAUUUUCGGGAGCCUUUUUUCUGGCUGAAAUUUUCGAAAAGGUAAGUUUUGAUCCGUAUAAUUUUCGGAUCACUAGACUUUCAGCUAGGAAAUCCGAACAGGUAAAAAAUUUUUAGGGGAUAAAAAUGUGCCCAUGUCUAGCGUUUAAAUACGAAAAUACGUUCGACAAUGCUAUGUUUUAGUGGUUUUGAACUAUAUUCUCUUUGGGUGCCCCUGACAGGACGAUACACAACAUUAAUUGUAGACUGCUAUUAAUAAACAUUCUUUCUGAUUAAUUUGUUUCGAGUACGCCGCCCAGGGAGAUUGCAUACAGCAAUACAGAAUUUAUUGUGUAACUGAGUAGAAUUUUUUCAGAGUGCCUGAGAUUCCUAGAAGUUUUCUCGAGGCUCGAGAACCCACAAAAAUAGAUUGGGGUUGCGAGAUCAACUUUCCCCGACAUCUAUUUUUUGAACAGCCGAUCACAGCCGUUUGAAAAAAAAAAGGUAUCGAUGCCAUCCUUGUCGUAUUCCCGGGGUCGUAUAGACCAGCUUUGUCACGGUUUUCGACACCAUCUUGACGAGUAGUCAAACGUGUGAGAAAUACAGUGUUUGUAUGAGAAUCUAAUGUCGAAUAAUUUCCGUAAAACGACUGUUCUGAAAAGAUUAUGACUUGUAAACUAAAGCUACAAAACAAAGGAUUGUGCUAAAGAAAUUUUGGGGGGCUUACCUGUGCUUAAAUUUCUCCACAGGCUUGCUUUAUAUGUUCCAUAUAUUUGACUGUAAUUUUUUUCCCGGGACUUUCUUACCGACAAAUGUAUAGAAAAUUUUAAAAAUUGGUUCUGGGUCUUCUAGCGCAUGUAACGCCCUCAUUUUUUUUUUCAGAAGAUUCCUUAAGAGUGAAGCUUUAGUUUACAAGUCAUAUUUUUUUCAGAACAGCCAUUCUACGGAAAUUAUUCGACAUUAGAUUAUCAUACAAACACUGUAAAUAAUUUCUCGCCCGUUUGCCUACUCGUCAAAAUGUGGUCGAAAACCGUGACAAGGUCUAUUUGUACGCGAUGUUGACAUAGCGGAUCACAAAUCUCUUUAACUUGUGCCUUAUCAAUACAGGCAUGACAAAGAACGACUUUAAUAUAAAUAUAUAAAAAACAGUGAUAGCAAUCAGCGUUCGACUAAUUAAUUGCAAAUUGGACAGAAUUUUGAUUAAAGGUUGUCUUUUGUUUUAUCAACGCUGACUAUCGAUGUAAUCAUAUAACGAAACGAUAGGCUUUCAGAUGGCACCCCCUGAAAACGAUAGCAAUACGCAUGAAGUUCGGAUAUUCGAGAAAUGAAUGUUGAUUUUUUUAUGGGAUUUUGUCCCACUACAUCUUCAAAUCUUGUACAAUCGACCUUCAAAAAGGAAAGAGAAAUACUUUCACAAAGGUCAGGUCCAAUAUUUAAUGCUGAACUAAUUUUUUCUAUGGGAACGCACCUCCAAGAGAGGCCUAAAUCAAAUUUACUUAAUUUGCUCCAUUACUUUGUAACCCAAAUGUAUAAGUUUUAGUUGCUAAGUUCAAAAAACAAAUACACAAUGUUAAGCAUUAAACAAAAUUAGUCUUUAAGAAAUGUCAUUAAACGGAUUUAAUCCAUGGGCUCAAAAUAGUUCUAAUAAAACUACCCUAGAGGAAGCUUUAAGACUUAGAAGUUCUUUAGAAUAACUCUGGAAAAAGGACUAAAUCCUUUCCCUGCACUAGUUAAAAAAUCAAACCUUAACUAGUAAACGUUUUUUAACGUUUUUCUAACGUUUUUUAGUAAAAGAGGUCUAAUCAUUAGGCAAAGGCUGCAGUACAAAAGGAGCGCCUUUGCCAUAAAAAGGGGUGGGACAAAGACAAAACGGUGAGGUUUUACCACAGUAAUAGAUGGAGUCUGUGCUUAAGUGGCUGAAAUCAUACCUGUCUUCACGUAAGCUGUUUGUUAAAGUUGGGAAUAGUCAUUCUUCACAACGUGCAUUGAAGUGUGGUGUCCCUCAGGGAUCAGUUCUGGGCCCUUUGUUGUAUUUGUUAUACACAUCACCUAUUGCGGACAUAAUAAAUGAUCAUGGACUAUCAUACCAUCUAUAUGCUGACGACACCCAAUUAUAUAUUACCUUUAAAUCUACCAGCUUGAAUGACAUCCAACAAGUGAAGUUGAGAGUGGAAUGCUGUGUGAGGGACAUUGAUGAAUGGAUGAUAAGAAACUAUCUUAAACUAAACCAGGACAAAACGGACCUUGUAGUCAUCAGUUCCAGAUUCCAUCCUAUGCCUGACAUCGGUCACAUUACUGUUGGUUCUGAGUGCAUUGCACCUCGUGACUCUGUUCGUAAUUUAGGGGUUCAGUUUGAUAGCAUAUUUAGUUUUGAGGAGCACAUUAAGAACAUUUGUAAAUCAUCAUUCUAUCAUAUGAGAAAUAUUGCUAAAAUCCGCAAGUACUUAAGCCAAGAUACAUGUAAAAUCUUAGUCCAUGCAUUUAUUAGUUCGAAACUUGAUCACUGUAAUUCCUUAUUACAUGGCCUUCCUAAGUAUCUGUUAGCUAGACUACAGGCAGUUCAGAAUGCUGCAGCUCGUGUUGUCACAUUGACACCGAGGCAUGUUCAUAUAACUCCUAUUUUAAUUAAUCUUCAUUGGUUACCAGUUGAGUUUAGAAUAACUUUUAAAGUCCUUUUAUUGGUAUACAAGGCCCUUCAUGGCCUUGCACCUUCUUAUAUUUCUGACCUUUUGAAUUUUAAAACAUACUCUAGGUCAUUGCGUUCUUCAUGUAAAGAAUACUUAGUGGUUCCAAGAAGCAGAUUGAAAACAUAUGGAGACAGAGCUUUCUCUAUUGCAGGACCUAAAUUGUGGAACGAUUUACCUCUAGAGAUUAGGAAAUGUGCUUCAGUGGCGACUUUUAAGCAAUCCCUUAAAACUUUUUUAUUUAAGUUAGCAUAUAGGUUAUGAGAUUCCUUUUGUUUUGAGAUGUUUUUGAUUUAUAUAGUAGAUAACUUAGGCUAUAUUUGAAUUAUAUUGUAUAUUGUAGAUAUUUUAUAUUUUAGAUUUUUUAUAUUUUAUUUUGUAAUUAGGUAGCGCUUUGGACAAUUAUUGGAUUUUAGCGCUAUAUAAAUAAAAUUAUUAUUAUUAUUUAUUAUUGGUAUGGUUGUUCUAACUUUCGAAAGAGACUAUGGUCUGACCACCAGUAUCGCUAGGCAUGAUACUGUUUCUUAUGCUGUACAAGAUGGUUUGAACUUUUGACUCAAAUGAAAGCUACUUAGAAGGAAUUUCUUGUGGUACUAUUUUAAUGCUGUACAGGGUGGUUCUAACUUUUGACACUGGACAAAAUCCUGUGGUGUGACCAUUCAAGGAAACCUCUCUUGGCAGCACAUGGAAUGACUUGAUUUUCAUCUUGAAUUUAAUAUGUUGGGUCCACAUGUGGGAGUAGGUGAGACGGUAAAAUCUGGGCAAGGGGUGUUGCCUUCUCGGCUGGAACUGACAUAUGGCUUUUUACUGGUAAUGGUGAGAUUUUGUUUUCGUCCAGUUACCCAAGAUUAAAAAUAUUGUAACAGUACACAUUUUCAUGUGAAACCGAGUCUUGACAUCGCAAUGUGAACAUUACAGGAGACUGGAGGUCAAUGUAUAUCACAUCAACUUUAGUGAGUGACGAGGCCAAUUCCGGAAACCAAACCCUGUCACAAUUACUGAGUCAAGCAAAGGUCCUGGUUGUGGUGGAUUCCAAAGCUUCAUGAUUGUUCAGCGUUCUGCUCUGCACUGCUUCGACUGGUAUCUUUGGAAAGGGAUAGCAUGGUGGACUCUGUCUCGCCAGGUCUUACGAUUAUUUGCUUGCACUGUCUAAUGGCCUUAGUCCAUGCAUCGGCGAGGCGAGUGCCGUUCAGUUCCAAAGCGUCUUUCUGCCUCUCUCUUCUUACCCCUUUAUCACGGUGGCCGGAGAGCAGUUCCCUAUGCGGCGAGGCCUUUGGCAGGCAGUAGUCCUUUGUUCUGGUGCCACGCCUCAAGGGGCAUAACCUUAAUAUUGGUCACUCCGCUUCAAAUGAAGGCCUUGUAUGUUCUUCCGAUGUUGAGUUCGUUCGAUGUUGCUUCCCAUCCAGUAGAUGUUGAGGAUCACGUGCAACAGCGCUAAUGGAAUUACUCUGGCAGGCGCACGUGGGAAGGUACGUGACUGACCUUUGAGGGCUAUAUAGGAUAGUCAUCAACACAAUAGCUUUGGAUACACCGGUCGGUGUGUGUCUGUUGAAGUUAUUCUUGUGGCACAUGAUUUUGCACAGUCAGGCAGUUGUCCACUUCCUUGUGACAGCGGAGGAAACCACCACACCAAAAGAAACCAACCUACCAGGUAUCCGAACUGAUUAACUUUUUCCAGCCCUGCAUUUUUAAAGGAGAUGAUCUGUGGAUGCUUCUCCUAUUCGGUGUCUGGCGGCUGGUGGAGACUUUUAGUCUUCUUUACGACGACGUACGCUGACGGCCAACAAACUGAAGAGAUAAUGUUCAUGGCUGACUGUCUGGCUGACGUAGUGUGAGUAACGUAGGCAGUGUUGUAAGCAAAAAAAGUUGCGUUCACAGUUUUACCAGAGUUUCUGCUUGGGUCUUCAAACGCCUGUAGAUGAAAAGGCUGCUGUAAAUACAUGGCUUAAUCAAGAGUUGGUCUAAAAUUCACCACUGGUGAACGGUCCUCGCUGACUAUUUUCUUAAAACAUGUAUUCUCGAUUAUGGAAAUAAUCCUCUCUUGCCUUAGCCAUGAUUGAAAUGGAAGUGAGGGGUUAAGAGGCAGGCAAUAGAACUGCCAUGGGUGAGACUAGACUUUGCAAAAACCCGCUUUGUUUGGGUUCGUUUAAUACUCGUUUCGCACGACUUCGUCUCUCAGGUUAAAGUCGGCGUGUCGGUAAGUCUUGUGUGAGACGUGGACAGGUGGAAAAUGGUCCAUCGGGCUUGGACUUUAAGUUAUUACCUAACAAGUGAUAGCUCCAUGGCCAUGCCCAAUCCAUACCACCAGAUUCUCUCCUGUUUACCAGGGUCCGAGAACCGUGAGCAAGAGAUUGGUAUCGGGUAUACCGAGAACAGGACGCUUUUGUACCUUUAUCGUGAAAGACCACCGUGAAGGUCCUGUACUCUGUGCUGCUGUCUACUCAAGUUCUGACAACUCCAACAACAACAAGUUUAAUCUCAGAUUCUGAAACAUUGUCGGUUCUACAGACCUGUAGGAGCCCUAAAUAAACAGCAUGUAGAGGUUGAUUACCUGCUAGGAUAGAUAAGAACAACGGGAGCAAGGGUGGCGCAUUGGUGAGAGCACUCGUCUCCUUCAAAUGUGUCCUGGGUUCAAAUGCCGGCGUCGACGCCAUAUGUGGGUUUGUUGCUGGUUCUCUCCUUUGCUGAGAGAGGUCCUUUCCGGGUACUCCGGUUUUCCCCUCUCCUCAAAAACUGGCAUGUCCAAAUUCCAAUUCGGCCAGGAAUGGUAGACGAAGAACCACUUUGUGGUUAUGCUGCCUCUAUUUCGUUAUAUUUGAUGUUAUUUAUUUAAUAUUUUAUUUAUUUAUACGAGAAAUUGAUCACUAAAGCCAACAGCCGACUAAUUAAAUUUCUGCUAAAUUAAUUACGAUACCCUGGCGUUUUGUUCGGCUUGUUUGGCUUCUUUCGGAAAUUACAUUUAGAUGGAAUGAUUAAUAGCCUAUUUGUCCACGACAGUUGAAAUACUAUACUGUGCGUGAAAUUGAGCUAGAAUCUUGAAGAAACUAAACGUCUGGUCAACUUUUAACUUGGAGGAAAUACGUUUUUUGAGGAAAAGCGAGUCACCGUCGACCCUUAAAACUCGAAAUGACGAGACACUUAAAUUAGAUCACAUUGUGUACUUUAUGAAAUUCCUUCACUCGACCGCAGGUGACCCAAGCACGAAAUAUGAGCAGUUGCACUGUGGCAUAAACGUCGUAACAUGAGGAGCCCUUUACAAUUUGCAGGCUCUUUUAAACCUGUUUUAUGGCCAUAAAUCUUGUCAGGAAUUUGUUUAACAUACAACUGAAGUUAGGUAAGCCGUCUUUGAUUUGAUUUGAUGUCGAUUGAUUAGAUUUCAAAGGUUACGCAACAGUACAAACGGCCAUAUUUUGAGCUUGGUCUCUUGUCUACCUGGGUCUACCUGGGACUCAGCACGCUCUUCCUCUGUUGGCCGCCAGCAAAUAGAUUUAUUUUGAUUAACAGCGAGACCUUUGCUGAGACAAAUUAGGUUUGCAAAGCGAAGCAAGGUUACCGAUCAAUAGUAUGGUUUAAUGAAAAACAUAUUAUUUCACUACUGGCUAUUUUUUUGAUUAAGAGGCUUUUCUUAGGUUGUACGAACAGCCAUUCUAGCCUGACAUACACGGCAGAAUUUUUGUUAAAUAUAGUGAAAAUAUAAAAAAAAAAAAAGAUAGCACAUUUUAAGGGCAAGGACUGAAAGUAAAUAAUCUAACAGCUUUUUCUUGAUCGCCUAUCUCAAAUUAAAUCCAGACCUUAGUUAAACUGUAAUCAUUUCCAUCUUUUGUAGAGCAGUCAAUACAGCAGUUUAUCCCCGGAGUUUAUCUUCAAUCACAUUUGUCGUUGUUAACUGUAAAAUCAAUUUAAUUGCUGCCAGCAUACGGCAAAUCGACGCGGGAAUUUGGAAUUUUCCUAGAGUGAUCAUUUUAUACUAGUCAUUUGAAAUUUUCUAUCAAGUGGUUAUUCAGAUUGGAGAAGCUAUCUAUCAUGAAUUACAGCUUUCAUCGGCUUUCUGCAUGUCUUUUGCACCCCCCAACCUUGAAGAAAGGCAAGCUAAAUAGCGGCGGCAUACUAGAGUUUCAUUUUAGACAGACGUAACUUAUAGGCGAAGUUAUAAUUGUUCACUUCUUACCGCCCACUCUCAACAGCGUGGGAAGUCAGGCUAUAACUGUUAUGAUGACUCAUCACUAACAUGCUUUAUUCUAUCAGUUGUUACAUGUCUGAUGUUUUAGCCGUGUUCACUGCAACACUUAAAGAGCCACUGGCCAAAUUUUACACACGGCAUAAGGAAUCACUCUAAGUUGAAUUUUGAACUCCUAGUAGUGAAAAACGGUCGUCUGAGAAGUGGUUCCUUUCUUCUUCGUGAAACACCCAGUUAGAUUUCGUUAUUUCCCCUUUAAAAAGCCGAAUUUAGCACUGUUUUUAGCCAGAGCAUCGUGAAAUAAGACCAACUUAGUUAAAGAAAGUUGACGUGUGAGCAUUUUGCCAAUGCAUGUGAAUAAUUACGUCUAUGACUUCCUGAACUGCUUUUUAAAUGUCUCCGGUUUGAUGUCGUGUGGGGUAAUUAAUUGGUUUCCAAAAUUUCCUCUAUCUGCUCUCUAGUUACAUCACAAAAGCAAUACGUGUUCACUGAAACUAGUGGUAUUAAAUUAAACUGAAAGGCAUUUAUCACGAGAGAUAAGGAAAGGAAGACCUUGAGGCGGGAACACUUUAACAACUAUCAAGCCAUCAGUUCAGUCUCAACAGGAAACAACAAUCAAUUGGCGAUAAUAUCGCACCAGGGUAAGAAAAAAAGCAGUCAGUAAUCGUAUAGAGUUAUAUAUAAAAUCAAAAGCUGAACGUUAUGUGGUUGUCUGUUCCUUAUCUUUCUUUAAAUGGAGUUUAAUGAACUGCGGUGGCUUUUUCGGAUGGUUGGUUAAAUGGCAAGAACUGAGUUGUAUACCCUGGUUUUCUUUGGAUAAACAGGCCACCUAAAAGGUGCAACUGAAAAAGCGCUAGCCUUUUAGAACAAGAAACUGUGGGUAACUGCAUUUUCUUGGUGAAACGCUCCUUGCGUUUAUUUCAAACUUGAUGGACCAGGCGUUUGUUUGAAUCUGUAGUUUUUUGUGAGCACGUGCUUUUUUGAGAAGGGUUUUUAUUCUUUUUUUUCUUUACAGCUAUGUAUCUUGCCCUUGAUCGUAAGUUUAUUAAAACACCCAAAUAUGUGUCUUGGGGUCUUUCUUUAGGGGCUAUUUUACAGCCCUCUCUUCAGACCUUGACACUUCGUUUAAUCGAGAAAAAGUACAGUUUGUGUGGAUACAUAUCCAGUGAUGAACCUACGCUUUAAGUUGGGACAUGGUAACUUGGCAGAGAGGAAUAGAUUAGUGGGAUAAAAAGCGUUGCUGUAUUCUGACAAGAUUAAAAUUGCUUUUUUGCAAGAUAGUUUCAAGCAACAGUUUGUGUUGUCCUAAAAUAGAGAAAGCUGGCCACUAAUUGUUGUGUUUUGGCUGAAACGGUCAACAGGGUUGAAAUGUCGACCGACAGGGUCUUGUCAUUUCUUUCAACAUCAAGCUGAGGUGGAUAUAGGUUACUUAUUUCCCAAAAAAUGAAUAAAUAAACAACACGAGCCACCGAUAGACUUUUAUAAGGUGAUGUUACACCGGACAAUUCGCAACGACGAUUUUUAGCGCAACGGAACGUUGGAACAUUGUUGCAACAUUGCCUUUUAACAGCUGCAACAUUGUUCCAACGUUGCAACGCUGUGUUCCGCUAAAAAUCGUCGUUGUAAAUCGUUACGUGUAACAUCACCUUUACGGAGUUAUUAAAAAUUGUCCUCGUUGGUAAAGUCAGCUGCUUGAAUUCAUUUACAAGCUAUGCAUUUAAUCCAGUCGCAGAGACGUACGUGUAAGAUGCGCUUGCGUUUGCUGCUAAGAGUUCAAGUUCAAGUUCAUUUAUUCACACUUAUUCAAUUACAAUACAACAACAAUAAGAAAAAAAAGAAGAAGUAAAAACAGAGCUAACUAUACAUUGAAUUAAACAUAACAAAGGAAGAGUGUGUAGCAGCCAAAGGAGCCAAGCUUUCAAGUUGGCUACUAUACAGUACUUAUAAAAAAACUAUUUAAAUUAAACAAUUAAAUAAAUAGAGCUAAGUAACAGAUUUUAGUUGUUCAAGAUGCCUGACUGUCAAGUAGAAAGAGGUUAUAUUCUUUUCUAAAACUGUUCAAGGGAAGACACUUAAUUUUCAUAGGUGUUGCUUCCCAGAUCUGUGAUGCCACUACACUAAACCUUGCCAGGCCAUACCGUAAUUAGUUCUGGAAAACGGUCUGCACAGGUUUUAAUUAGUGGCAUACCUAGUAUUAUAAUUAUGGACAGCUGAAACCGGUUGAACUAAGUCAUAGAGGGCAGGAGGUGUAUCUUUUUUUUGAUAUUGAAUUUUCUGCACAAGAGCGCCAGAGAGAUCAGUCUUAAGUCACUUUUCCUUUUUGUAUCGCCUCCAGAAAAUAUAUGACCUGCGUCCUUGCUUUAAAUCACAAUUAACAGAGCAACACAAUUAAAGGGCAAAGGCUUGGUUACAAUAUUUAACCUUGGCAAAUUCAUUUCCCACAUUGGAUGGGCAGAUGUGUAAUUUUGAUGCAACUUAAUUAUUGUUGUUUACUAGGUUAAGAUUUUUUCGCCCAUAACAGAAUUUCCACCGACUCCACCACUGUAGACACUGUGAUGAAGUGCAGACCAGUUGACACACACCUCAUGGUUCUCUUCUUUAUUAGUUACUCUGUCAAAAGGCUAGGAUAAAAAAUUCAUGGAAAUUUCCAAAUUCAGUUUUGUGAAAUGCUGUAAAACAAACAGUACUGCGUGAAAGUACUGCCUUAAAGCUUUUACUUGAAUGGUGACACUGUAGGAUUUCAUCUUAAGACGCAAAAUUUAGAACCACCUUGAACAGCAUAAUAAACAGUUCCACAGGAAAGUACUGCUCAGUAGCUUUCAUUUGAAUGGUCACACCAUAGGAUUUCGUUUACAGACUCAAAAGUUAGAAACACCUUGUACAGCAUAAUAAACAGUACCACAGGAAAGUACUGCUCAGUAGCUUUCAUUUGAAUGGUCUCACCAUAGGAUUUUGUCUGUGGACUCAGAGGUUAGAACCAACUAACGAGUCGCCAUUAGUUCACUCUGAGAGGACAAGCGUUAAGCCGAUGUUAGGUCACUGCAUUUUCCCCGCUGGGCAAUUCGUAUUAACGUUCCUCUGUUUGCCCCUUCGUUACUUUUUGGCUUUUCUGUAGUUAUCUUUAUUCUUGCUCAAUGUAGUCACUACGGGUUCAGCCUUCGUAGCAACAACAGCGUAAAAAUAAACUUUAUCGUCUGGUAUAUCAUAAUUUGUGAUGAAUUGUACACCAGGGAUUGUACACAGCCAAUAGUGAUGAGAGGUUUUUAUUUCCAGGCAGUCUGCGGCGGGGAGAUAUUCGUUGUAAAGUGUUCGUUACAUAACUGCCUUACUAAAAAAAACUUACUCGCUUAACGUUACAUAACUGUCUUACCGAGAUGUUGAAAAAAAUGACAAACAAAGGUGCGUUAAUGAAUCACGCACCAUUUUAACCUUCCAAAACAUGUCACUCCUCGGUCUCUCGUACUGCAAGGCAACACGGGAAGCUGCAAAAAUGUUAAACAAAAAAUUAUCUUGCAACGCUGGUCCUUCAACUCAUUCAAAAUUAACAUUAUUUUAACAUGUUCCUCUGGUUUCUACCAAUCGUGUUUCUCUACCAUUCGAUGAAUAAACCACAUACAACCCACGGUUCGCCGAUUCGUUCUGACGAAGAGCUAGCGCUGGAAAAGUCAGCUUUUAACUUUUCUUAUGGUUGUGAAUUGCCUUUUGUCAACACAGCGGGUAUAUUAUAAGCACAUCUUUUUGAAUUGCCAACGGACGAUUUUGGCGAUUUUACAUCUCCUAGAAUUCGUUUUGGGUUUCGUUUCUUGACUCUUUAAGCCGACUGAGGGUACGUCAGCGUUUACGUUACGCACGGUCUUUGCCUCUUUUCUAUUUACAAGCUUAAAAUGGAGAGGAGAGGUCGUUACGUCAGGUUGCCAUGGUAGCAAAAUUUUUGGAUGUCAAGAAACCGCAAAUUCAUUAAAAAGUAAAUUCGCACUGUUUCAAACUUCAUCGAUCUUAUUCAGUUUCAUUUAAUAGUCAAAUGCUGGCGAAAUUUUCUGGAUUGAAUCCGAAAUAACCGUAUCUGAGUUUAGAAAAAGAAAAAGAAACUUUUUGUCUUGUGUUCACCUGCUCCGCGAAGCGGGCGCGUGAAAUUGGCCAUUUGCACUAAGAGGUCAUGUGACAUCAUUUUUAAAAAAUGAAAUUAUAUGAUUUUGCCUUCGAAAAACGAUUAGUGGGUCAUAUCUUGGAGGGCAAGAGUAUGCCCUCCAACAUGGCGGCCAAUACAAAUCAUAAUACUUUGUUGAAAAAUCAAAGUGCCAUAAAAUGUCUCCCUUAAGUGCCUUUCCUCUCAAAUUUCGGGUGUAAGAUAAUUUUUAUGUGCUCUGUCAAUUUUUGGCUUCAGCGAGAUUUCAACUCAUUGUUUAAAGGAAGCUUUGGUUACGUGACCUCUUAGUGCAAGUGGCCUAUUAGGAAGUUUCGUGUCGCAGUGUUGUAACGAUGGCUAAAAAAUGUGCAAAAAACCGUGAUCCACGUGCAAAGUUGUUGUUUUACUAAUAUAAACUUUUUUUUUUUUUGCCGUUCUCGUUGCCGUCGCCCGUCGUUGUUGCCUAAGCUCCCUUUUGUUGUCAUCCCAAAAUUUUGCUACCAUGGUAGCGUGACGUCACACCUCUCCUGUCUGUUUGCGUGCGUACACACGUAAGAAUUAUGCGACAGUGGAAAUCCAAUGAAAGUCUAGCUGGGGUUGAAAAACUAUUCCAAUAACUCUAAUUUGCGCAGAAAACAAAAUGAUGAAGUUUUCUAGUAGUUCGAUGCAUUUCUAUGAAUUAAAACAACGCCUUCGCCUUCCACCUAAAACCCGGACUGAAACAUUUUCGCGCAUGCGUAUCUCUCUGUACCCUUAUAACUUCUCUAGUUUUCGGAUCGGUCAUGAGGUUUUACUAACGGGUUGACUAACAGGUUUAUACACCAAAAACCUGUCGUACUGUAAAUUGUUAAGUCUAAUGCACUGUAUAGGUCAUAUGAUUUUUGCAAGGUUAUUAACUGAAAUUUGUCACAUAAAAGGUCUGUCAAGUGAGGGUCAACAAAGUUUUUAAAUGUUUGUGAGCAUGCGUGUAACUGGUGUCAGGGUAUCUUUAGAGGAUAAUAGGAUUUGUUAGUUUCGGUUUAAGUAGCUAUAAUUGUAGUCAUAUGAAUGAAAGAAUUUAAAGCGUCAGAGCUUUUUAAAAAGAAAAAAAGAGAAAAACGUGUCAGCAUGCAAACUAAAGAAGUUUCAUAUGAAAAACACGUUCGUUGUCAAAAUUAUGUUAUGAAUAUAAGAUCCACUGGAUCGGAUAUGUUUUGAAAUCGAUAAAUAACGUUUGUUUAUUGUGAAUCCCUAGUUCUUCCGGUUCCCAUGCUUAGUAUUACAUGUAAAAUAAGAGGACUUUUCAGUGAUUGGGCGUGUUUAAAACAUCAGUUCAAAUCGAUUUCGAUGUAGCGUACAUUUUAGAAACAAAAUCACUGUUUAGGGUGUUGAAUACGGCUUCUCAAAUAAUCAGUAAUUCGUGUAGAAAUUCACAGCAUGAAUCGCAACAUCUAAAGAUGAAAGUAAUCCGCUUUCAUCAACAUUUAUUGACUGUUAAAAAUAUAUGCAAUUAGAGAGAGAUGUUUUUACAUUCAGCCACACUAGCAGCUCCGAAGAACAAAUCCGAGCAUUCUCAACAAUAGCUCUCAUUUGAAUGAUCACCCCAUAGGAUUUCAUCCACAGACUCAAAAGUUAGAACCACCUUGUACAGCAUAAUAAACAGUACCACAGGAAAGUACUGCUCAGUAGCUUUCAUUUGAAUGGUCACACCAUAGGAUUUCAUCCACAGACUCAAAAGUUAGAAUCACCUUGUACAGCAUAAUAAACAGUACCACAGGAAAGUACUGCUCAGUAGCUUUCAUUUGAAAGAAAGAAAGAAGGACAUUUCUGUACGUCGUCUGUUUUGUGAUGUUAGGAAAUAGGUAAAAAUAAAACAACUAUUAAUUUUAAGAUGGUGAUAUAUAUUUACGCGACAUAUAAGUGGCCCUCUAUUUCUCAAAAAAAUUGUAAAAAUCACUCUAUUAUUUAUGGUAUUCUCAAAGGCUGUUAGAAAAAAAUAAAAAGUGUACAACAAAAUCAAGUUCUGAGAUGAAAGAGUUUUAAAAGGGGAACAAGAAUCAAGAAGACAUUUUCCCAAAAAAGAUUUAUUAGAGCUAAUUGAGUAUUGAUUGGUGCGCUUUUUUCCAUGAUUGUCCCGUGGAAGUGCUACUGAGGGGAUUCAUUUGAAAGUUCAUUCUUUCGGAUUUCUUAGACAAGAAAGGUUAGAGCCACCUUGUACAGUAUAAAAAAUAAUACCAAAGGAAAGUACUGUUCAGUAGCUUUCAUUUGAAUGGUCAUACCAUAGGAUUUCAUCCACAGACUCAAAAGUUAGAACCACCUUGUACAGCAUAACAAACGGUACCACAGGAAAGUACUGCUCAGUAGCUUUCAUUUGAAUGGUAACGUUACACCAUAGGAUUUUGUCCACAGACUCAAAAGUACGAACCACCUUGUACAGCAUAAUAAACAGUACCACAGGGAGGUACUGCUCAGUAGCUUUCAUCUGAAUGGUUACUCCACAGACACAAAAAUUAGAAACACUGUUUACAGCAUAAUAAACAGUACCACAGGAAAGUACUGCUCAGUAGCUUUCAUUUGAAUGGCAACGUUACACCAUAGGAUUUUGUCCACAGACACAAAAUUUAGAACCACCUUUUACAGCAUAAUAAACAGUACCACAGGAAAGUAUUGAUCAGUACCUCAGUUUCAUCUGAAUUGUUACUCCAUAGGAUUUGUCUACAGACUCACUUUGUAUAGUAUAAUAAAAAACAGUACCACAUGAAAGUACAUUCAUUUUAUUUAAAUGGUCACACCAAAGGGAUUUCAUUCACAAAUUUAGACUGUUCCGUAAUUAGAAAAUCAUUUGUUCUCUAUAAACCUCAAAUGUUUUUACAACGUGACUAAGAACCGAAACCUGUGGAAUGAACGAAACUGCAAUUUAGCUCGUGUUUUGUAUGCUAAAAGCAAUAGCUUAUCCUUAAUUUUUCUGAAGCUUUCAUUUAAAAAAGUUCUAUUUUUAAUCAGUACGAACCCAGUGCAAAAAUACAGAUAGUUUCUUGGUGUCGCGAACGGGUGCAAUCACCAAAUGAUGUAAUAUGAAAAAUUGAAAAGACACAGAAGAAUACCCACACCAACAAUAGGGAACAAACAAUAGCUUCCUCUUAUCAUAAAUAAUCUUUUUUUUUCUUUACCUCUGCUUUUCAUUUUCAUUUUUUCUCAAUUUUUUUUCGUUUUGCCUUUUUUAGCCUAACUAUAAUUAAUACGAUUAUCUAAUAUAUUUUAAGAUUUACUGUAGCUCUGCCAUUGAUGUUUGAAUGUAUAAUUCUGAUAAUAUUUUGUUGUAAUGAUUUAACGGAGGGAGCCCAUUCCUUAUAAGCCUAGUGACUUUUGUUGGGCUUCCUCGCCAUGAGCUUUUUAUAGUUAGAUUUUCUUGUUUUUGGUACAUCUUUAUUGCUAAACAAUGAACUGAACAGAACUAAACACUAAGAAAAAUACAUUUCUAGUCGUGAUCUAUCUCCUGUAGGAAGUAACACCUUGCGAACCGUAAGACAUAAUGAAAACCCAUGCAACUAUUUUUAAAAAAAGGCUCAGUGGAAGAUUCACGAGAUUGUCAUGAUAGUGUAGUCCACAGGCGGCCCAAGCUCACUACAGGAACGCGGACGUGACUCUUGCUUGCGAGCGGUGUUGUGUUACAAACGGUUAUUUAUAAAGGUUUGUAUGGAAUGUAAACGGUUUUUCUUAAAAGAGAGAAAAAAUGUUAUGUUUUUAAAUGAAAUCGACUUACCUUAUUGCCUUGUUGUUUUCUUUGUUGUUUGCCCACGUCUCGGGCCGUUUUGAAGUGUUUCCGGCGAGUUAACACAUCACUGCUCUCAAGCAAGAGUCACGUCCGCGUUACUUUAGUGAGCUUGGGCCACCUGUGUGUAAUCCCGCAGAUUUUGAAUUUGUUUACAGCUGUGUUUAUAGUUUAUCUGAUAAUCUCUAAGAUUGUGAGCAGAACAUUCAUAAGGAUUAUUACUGCUAGUUGCUUUAGCUACAGUUAUAGCUAACAAAAGGUUAAACGUUGAAGGUCAAAAAGUGAAUUUAAAAAAUGAGUGAAAUAGGCUAAACCCGACCCAUGUGUUGAUCACGAACGCUUAAGCUGCAAAACAUAACAUUGACGAAAUCUUACGGCUUCUGGAAAAAGGAAAGGCUCGCAAACUACAUACAAUAUUAACCUAAAAUGUAAUUACUAUGAUGAAAUUUAUAUCGAGAAGAAUGAACCUUUUAACCCUUUAAACCCUAAGAUCAAGAUUUAGAUUCUCAUUUGUUGCCCCUAUUCAUUUCCUACAGAAGUAGUGGGGAGAAGUUGAUAAAAUAUCAAGCAAAUUCAUCUUGUGUGAUCAUGUCGCUAAUUCUCAUGACCACUCUGUUUUACAAAGCAUUGAUAUUACAAGGAGAAAUUUGAUGCUGAUCACUCUUAGGGCUUAAAGGGUUAAAGCAGAUUGAAGACCUACCAUGAAAAUGUACACUAAACGGAUUGUUUUGCAGGAUCAGCUGGGCGGUUGUUCUCUUUAAUUAUUUUAAAAUGGGCAAAGCAGUCGGUUCACGGUUUGGGAAGUCAAGCAAAAAAAUCAGAACUUUGUUAGUUUCGCUCGGGAAAUUGCAUUUACCAUUAGACAGGUUAAGCAUCACGUUAAACGGCAAACACGGAUUUGUAACACGUGACCAAGUUUCCUCUUUACUUGUCGUUUACUGUUCAUUAUUUCUACACUAGUUUCACUCAAUUUAUUAACCAUAAGAAUUGUUUUGACCUGUUUUUAUCUGCUCAUUUUCCAUUUUGAGAAAUUCUCAACUUGAAUCUGACGUUUGCUGUUUGCCGUAUAUGUGAAGCUUAAACUCUCUAUUUGCGCAAAUAUUUUUGAAAUCGAACAAUGGUGGCUAAUGCUGGAAACCGUUAUCAAAAGAGGAAAUAGACUAUACAUCUCCCAUUGGAACACUUAGACCAGGAAACCAGGAGUACCUUUUCCGACGCUCCGUUGCUCCGAAAAUUUUUACUUGAACGACCCAAAAAGUCGUGUUUCAUUUCCCUUCCAAUCGGAAACGGUUUGCUGUUUUUUAAAAGGGUAAACAACCAAUGAGUCAAUUAUAUUUCUAUAGAACUUAUGAAGACAUAAAAGCACGCGCGCUUCAUGGGCAAUUUUAUAAAAUAAAAAAGUAAACACACUUGUUCUCGCAAGAUGCUCGUGCAUUUUUACUGGUGAUUUAUGUCAGUAAUCGGCUCCUGUUUAUGUACAUGUUAACUUUUUGGAAUUGUUUUGAACACGUGUCUCUUCAGUGGCACGUGCCUCUUCAGGAAACACGUGCCGCUCGUGCUUUGCUUAGUGUUCCUGUUUAUGGCCGCCAUCUUUGAUUUUGAAAGCAGGCAGAGUACUUCCGCAAAGCGUGGGUGGACGUAACGCCAAAUCGAAUGAAGCGAGGAGGAGGGGGAAUUCUAAGUUCUGGUCUGGUGUUUCACGAGGCAAAGAAUGUUUAUUUUCUUGAUCUGGUAUUAUUGGCUCAUUGAUCGAUUUGUUUUUGAGCAUGCCGAUGAUCUCUUGCAGGAAGCCAGCCCGUAGAUAACUAGUGGUUUUGUUGUCACACAAUUAGUGUAAGGGCUCUACGUUCACGUUACUUUGUUGUUUGCCUUUGGUGUUAUGUCUGGCUUUGAAGUUGCCCAUUUCUACUAAUCCCGAUGAACAGAAUACAGUCAAAGCUCCCAUAAGUGACCACCUUAGGAGUGCGUAAAAGUGUUCACAACUGUUUACGAGAAUGGGCUCUUAUAAGUGACCAUGUAAUUAAACUUACUGAGGACUCUUGCUUGCGAGAUUUUUAAAGCAAAAAGCUUGGCAAAUGUUCUUAUGCCUAGUUUUUACACGGGCCAUUACUUAGUUACCAGUACAUUCAGUUAAAAUGACUUCGUUCAGUUUCAUUUUUAUUACUUAUCACAUAUUUCGAAGUUAACAAACCGUUAGUGCUUAUGUUGUUUGCUCCACUAAAUUUGAUCAAGAAAUUAAAAACUUUUAUUUAAGUGAUGGCUAAGUGUUCACUACAGCCUCUGAUUUCCAAAAGAGGUCGAACGCGUUUUCGCUCCUGAGAGCCCUUCAUUAGUCACAGUCACAAUCCAGAACGAAGAGUUUGCAGUGCUUGUCCUAACUCGACCUUGGGCCCGUUUCUAGAAAGUCCUAAUCAUUAACUGGCCCGGAAAGCUGUGGUUUUCUAUACUCAUGGUCAAGAUCGAGGUUAAAAACGUUUUGCAGAAAAUAUGAUAAAAGUAUCAGUUAAUUCUCAUAAACGAACUCCAUGGUUUGCUAGCCAGGCCCAUCCAGUUUAUAUUCCUUAUAGAUUUUAGUCAUUUUGAUCCGGAAAAAUUCCAAUCCGAAUUGAUCGCCUCGUACGUGAGUUGCCACAAGGAAAGUGUGGAGUGUGUUUUGAAAACUGGUCACCUCUGUCUUUAUCCGGCGUAGACGGUAUUUAUCCCAUCGAAAUCCCGUUUUUUCAGUCUUAAUAAACGCGGUGCUGUAAAAAAUCAAAAGUCUCAACAAGGAAGUUUUUAAGUACUUUGUCCCUGCAGCAUUUACCUCUUUACUUUAUUUUAUAUUUUUUUUCUUUUGAUAAUGAUCUUUUAGGUAUAUGGGCAUAGUACAUUGCUGUCAGAAAAAGCGAUUGAAAAACCUUUGUUAGUAAGUAGGUCCUCGGGGAAAGUUAAAUUUUAAAAAAAAAAAUAAGAAACGCCUGGGGCGUUUAAUUGAGGAACUACGGUACCGUUGCAAACAAGACAAUUUUGAACAUGAUCAUGCAUAAUGCAAGUGUAGGGCUUAUUCAAUGUUUCCCUAUAAAAAUUAAGUUUUAGUCGUCUAUAAACGGAUCGUGGACAAAUAGAUACGGUUGUAAUUGGACAUCAAAGAGAGACAAAAUUUUUCGGUAAUCGUUGAAGUUUAUAUUUAACGUGUACAUAUAAUUGAACUGUACAAUCUCUAAUUUCGCUGAUAUUUGUAUAGUUAUCAGGUCUUUAAAAAGUUAUAUGACCUGCAAGGUCACACUGACGAUUCCUCAACUGUUAUGACUCUGAAAGGAGCUUAUAUAUCUAAAUUUCAUUUUCUUUGUAUUUCAAGAACUAAAUCGUGACAAUUCGCGAUACCAUGCAUACUUUAUAUUUACAGGAGUAGUUCUAACAAAUUCAGUGUAUACGCUGAGAUUACAAAUGUAGUUUGUGUGAUGCCAUGUUUCUUUUACAUCAAAACGUUGUAGCAUUUCAAGUUCUGCGAAUGCGUUAAAGGCAGCUAAACUUUACAUUAGCACAUCUUUGUUGAUUUUUUUAAGCCGUUCAGGCCACGGCAGCUGUCUUAAACUAUUCACUAACGAGCAAGGCAAGCACGUCUUUUCCUUUUCUCCUUCGUAUUUUUGUCAACCCCACUCCCUCACCCCUUUUUGCGCCUGUCACGCUGGCUAUGACGAAGUGGAAAUACCUGCCCAUGCGAGAAUCACGAUCGAUGUAAUCCCACUCAAGCUUUUUGAGGAUUUGCCAGUAAUGAUCAGCAGUUUUUGGAAGAAAAGUCAAAAAAGAGCUAAUAAAAAAUAAGUUUUUUCUCUUAGUCUGGUUUUUAAGCUGCACCGUUUGUAAUUCAACAGAUUCAUUUAAGCUGGACCAGUUGAAAGAUACAGUCAGUCAAAACUGUUACAUUUUGGGACCAAACACAAUUGUUUUUCUUAUAAAUAGAAAAUAGAGACUCCGGAUACAAAAUGCCCCGCCCGCCUGCCAAUUGAAAAAACAAUGAACCAUGACAUUCAUGGGGCCAUCUUCAGUUGUGGACCUUGGAAUUACCGAGAGAGUUAACCUCGUUUUAUCCGUAAAUCGUAUUAUUUGAAACUGGAAAAAACCUAUAAAUAUCGGAGCAGGCCUCUCUGUCGAUAUCGCGUAUCGAUAACGCAAAGCGUGUGGUCUCCCGGUACCAGCAGAGUUUGCAGAAGGUCAGUAUUGUAAUGCAAAGUUUAUGAAUGAUCUUGAUAAAGCGGACGUAUUAGUGUAAGCACAUUUGCGUGGGUUGUUUCAGGAAAAGAUGGUUUGCAGUAGCCUGAAGUAAUUCCGAGAAUGAAUUUCCGUUCAACCUUAUCUAUGAAAAAUCCUCAAAUGCAUGUCUAUAACACAGUUGUCAGGGUUUUUAAAGCGAGGGAUAAUAAUUAAUAUUCUCAUCAAGUAAGAAGUGUUCCACAUAACAGUACUAACAAUACCUUGUAAAAUGUAUUUCCAAAAUUGUAGGUAUAGCUACCACACGACCAACUACGUGCAGAAAAAUGGCUGGCAUGUUUGGACUCUUUCAUCCUUACACAAUGAAUGGAAUCGAAUUCAAUCAACCUGACACGGGAUUCCUUAACCCUGAGGUUUUAGGCUAUAGAGGUAGGUUUAAAGUAUUUUUGUACUUUUGAUACCCCACGGCCUUUUUGUUCGUUGGGACGCGACCCUUUGCGUCAUUUUCUACGGUGCCGGAGUUUAUAUAGCAAGGGCCAUAAUAUAAUUAACUGUUCUGGACAACCGUAUAUCUUAUCGUUUUGCCUGAGGCUUUGAUUUUAAAGCUCAACAAAAGACAAAAGAGGGGGUAUGUUUUCAAUACCAAUUUCCUGGCGUCUUAAUUUCAUGCGCUUUUGAAAUUGACAAUACGCAACAAGGUCAACUUACUCGAGAAAUCAAAGGUAAAAUGAUGAAAAGGUUGGGAAAAGAGAUUCUUAGAAACUCCAAUUUAACUGAGAACCGUAACUCGUGAAGUAAUGCUGAAUGUGGUAACUUUCCACUUUUGGAAGUAAAUUAUAGGGGAAUACUGUAGUUCUGGGUUUUGAGUCAGUGGACGAAAUCCUUUGUUAUCAUUCAAAGAAAUCUUUUUCAGCCAUUCUUUGGCAUCGUUCCGUUUGCGUAGCAGUAUUCAACAGAAUGAAAUAUGGAAGUUUUGUUAUAUUUUGACUGCGGUCAUGGAGGGGUUACCGGGGUUUAAUUGCAUUAGAGAAGUCUCACUUAAAUAUUCACCGUAAACUAAAGGUCCUGGGACAUUUUUACCACAAAUAAAUCUCCAAAGGUCCCUUCGUAUAAUUGGUCACCAUUUUGGACCCAAACUGACGUCAUUUGAAAACUCGCAUUGAAAAUUCCUGAUCACUUCUCUAAAUAGAGUAUGACUUCAAUGUUUACAUCUUCUAUAGCGGAAGAAACGAGAGCGCGGGGAUAUUGCUCAAUACUUAGCUUUCCAUGUGAAUAUCACGCAUUCACCUUUGUAACAUGUGCUACAAGGAAGUGUUCAUUUUUGGGAGAGACAGCCUCUGUCAGCAUAGCACUUAAGGCCUGUAGUUAGAUCGUCACAUGUUGUUCACAAGACAUGGAGAUUCAUUUAUCAAACUUUUUCUGCUGUAGUGAACUCGAUAAAACAUCGGCUAUCUUGGGUUCAUCUUCUGCGCUCGGAAACUUUCGAUUCUGAGAAGGCAGUGCUGGUAGUCAUGCUGAACAAGAAGGUUUUGCACUUUUGCGUCAAAAACUUGUGUGACCAUUCAAGUAAAAGCUAUUAAACAGUAAUUUGUUUAUUGUACAGUACAAGGUGGUUCUAACUUUUGAGACUUUGGUUGAAAACUUAUGGUCUGACCUUUCAAGAGAAAGCUACUACUAUAAGCAUUAUUUUCCUGUGGUAAUGUAUUUUAUUUUGCAUAAGGUAAUUUUAACUUUUGUCCACUUUUGAGUCGGUGAACAAAAUCCUAGACUAAUGUGACUAUUCAAAUGAAAGCUACUGAGCAGUACUUUCCUAUGGUACUGUUAAUUAUGUUGUACAAGGUGGUUCUUACUUCUGAGGCUUUGGAUGAAAUCGUAUAGUGUGACCAUUGAAAUGAAAGCUACUGAGCAGUACUUUCCUGUGGUACUGUCAAUUAUAAAAGUAGUUGAGUUUCAUCGUCCGGGUGAACUUAGUCCUGAAUAGGACUGUUUUUGUUGACAGUGACUUGUUGACUGUUAAUAAAGUUGUACAAGGUGGUUCUUACUUUGCAGAGUUUGGAUGAAAUCCUAUGGUGCUCUAUGGUGUGACUGUUCAAAUGAAUGCAACUGAGCAGUACUUUCCAAUGAUACUGUUAAUUAUGUUGUACAAGGUGGUUCUAACUUUUGAGUCUGUGGAUGAAAUCCUAUAUUGUGACCAUUCAAAUGAAAGCUACUGAGCAGUACUUUCCCGUGGUGCUGUACAUGCGUGAAAUCCUGUGGUGCAGCCACUACAUUUAAACCCAUUUAGCAGUACUUGACAUGGUGCUAUUUGCUUUUUAUCGUAUUACAAAUACAUUUUAAGCAUAUUUUGACUGUCUUUAGGGGUCAGAAAGGGUUAAACGUAAAGCUCUUCUAGGAAUCUAGCUUGCAAUCAAUACGACUAUUUCUAAUCUUUCCGCGUACUAUAAUUCUAAAACUUCCGGUAACAGUCACUUCCUUUGCUCAAAAUACGAGGCCUCGAGUGCACGCUAUACUAUAAAUGGGAACUUCAAACGCUGCUCCAAUUCUGCGUUAGGAGAUCUUUCUUGGUAUUUCAGAAAGUGUUUCAUCGUAAACUGGUCGAGUUCUCUAUGUUUUAUCUGAGUAGAACUUUUGCUCAUAACUGAUGCUUUCGUGUAAUAAAAUUUGCGCAAUUGCAGUUUGAAGUGAUGUCAUGCCCGCAAUAAGGAAACAGCUUAUCUUUUUAACAGAUUACAGUUAAUUAAACUGAACUUGCGCAUUACACGGGUCAUGCAACUUCCACCUGGUCAAUAAUAGAGUAUUUUCUACUGCAAAGUCGAUCAUGAAGUCAUUUAGUGUAAGAAGUCAAACGUUUUGUGGAAUAAAUCCGACCUGGUGAUUAUUCACGUGAAACAUAUUUAGUAGUACUUCACGUGCUUGUAUUUGUAUUUGUUUUGUUUUGUUUUUUUUUUUAGUAACGAAAUAGAUUCAGGAAUUUCUUUUCAAUUCUGAUAUGUGCGCCCUUUGGGGAGUUUAAUAAAAAGUUUUUCACGUUCACGAAGGUUGGUGCCGGCAGACAAAAAUAGUCUUAAACGUUUACUGAAAUCACUCGUAGUAUAAGAUACAUACAUGUGAGAGAUUUCCUGCAGCUUUUUUGAAUUUGGUCCACGCUGAUUGAUGACUUGAGUAUAGCAACUACAGUCGAUUCUCUCUUAACGAACACCUCUGUAAAACGGGCACCAAGAGUUGGCCCCUGCCUUUCUUUACUGCUUUUAGUUGACUCUUUAUAAGACGGACAUCACUCUAAGAUGGACACACAGUGCCGGUACCAAAGGUGUCUUCCUUAGAGGGAGUUGACUGUAAAGUCAAUUCUCUCUUAACGGACACCUCUAUGAGACGGACACCUCCCUAAAACGGACACCGUUACAAUUUAAUCCAACGUUCAGUUUUGGAGGUACAGUCAACUCUUUCGUGGUCGUAAAGAGAUGUCCGUCUCAUAGAGAGUCAGAUAAAGGGAGUAACGAAAGGCAGCGACCAACUCUAGGUGUCCGCUUUACAGAGGUGUCCGUCUUAUAGACGUGUCCGUUAAGAAAGAGUCGACUUCAUUCUUAGACCUUCAUUCUUAGGCCGAACUCGACAUACUGACCUAGCGAUGUCGGCCACUGGUAGCUUAUUAGGAGAUAAGACCAACUGCUAUAAUCCGUAACAUCUCUCUCAAAUUAUUCUGCAAUUAAAAAUGACGGGAAAAAAUGGAUUUUCACCAAGUUUAUCAACAGUGGCGCCACAGUGUAGCUCGGUUAAUUCAAGUAACUUCAGUUCAUUUGAUCUAUUGUACCUCUUCCGGCAUCAAAGAAAAUGAGAUCAGAGGCAUCGUUUUUUACGCCCAAAACUGUUCCACUUUUCUCUUAAGUGCCAUUGUCUCUUAAAUCCUUCCUCUUCUUUUAGUACGGCGAAACCUUUGUGUGAGUCCUGUAAGUGUAACUCACAUUACUUAGCCUUUGAUUAUUUUUUAUACCAUGACAUCGCGCAAUCUAAGGAAUUCCGAAAUCCGGGAAACUUUUACUCGUGGAAAAUCAGGAAUCCAAGAAAUUUCUCUUGGGGAAUUCGGAAUCCCACUAAAGAUUGGAAACGCGAAUGCAAGUUCCACUGACAAAGAAUCCAGAAUCCAGUAGAUUGAAUCCGGAAUCCGCGGCGUGUAGUCCAUAAUCCAAGACUGUCUUGGAUUUCUUGACAUCCGGUGAAGAACAGCCUUUGUGAAUUCCAAAGAACAAAAAGUGGGGCAGGGUUGCUUGACAGAUACUUGGCUGGGAAGGGUGUUCGACUCUUUUCACCCCUGUCGCUGCUUAAGACGCAUGUUUCUACACGAGUCCAUUCACCACUAAGAUUCUGGAUAAAGUGUUUUUUAAUUCAAGAUCGUGUUUGUCAACUUACGCCAGCCAGACAAUUGCAGACCACACUUUUGUAUUACUAUUGCCGGGUUAAGGCCCAGUGUGGCGGUGUAACAUGCUUAUUAACCUUUUAAGCCCCAAGAUCCACAUACAAAUUCUCCAGACCGAUCUCCGUACAUUUGUUUUAAGAAUAGUUGAGAGAAUCUGGUUUAAGAUCAAAGCAUCCUCUCUUUGGUAAUCAAUUGAGUAAUUCUCAUAACCUUUACUCUUGAUGAUCUGCGGAUGUUGUUACGAGAAAAUUGAUGUUGGUCCCUCUUGUUAUCGCUGAUCGGGAAGGUACCCAUAACGGUGUUUGCUAAUACCCAGCUAGGAUGCCAAACACACAGUGAUCUCACAAACAUAGCUUUUGCCUUCUUUUAAAGAAUGACAAUCUCCAGAACUCCCUACAUCUCAUUUCAGUCUAAUGAUAAGCAUUCUUUUUUAUAGCAUCCAUCAAGGUUCCCCAAUCUUUUUGUCAACACCCAGUCAUCACGUUCACAGAUGUUGUGGUUCAAUUUAUCUUUGGUUUAAAUGUUAUUUUUCUUUGUUUUGGGGUAUGGUAAUGUAUGAUAAUUACUUUGAAACAAAGGAAAUAAAAUUUAAACCUAAGAUAAAUAUAAACCACAACAACAGAGACCAAACUGAAAUCGUGACUCAAAGAAUGGAAUAGUGUCCGGCAUUCCUUGGAUAUUAGUUUCGAACUCGUCCAAAUCUGAAUAACAUACACUAGACCACGUACAAACGCUGUAAAAACUGACGAAAUUGAUGCUCGACGCCGCUUAAAGUGACUCCCGCCGCUUCCCAAAAAUAGAACGAUCUUAUCAAUAGUUUUUUGAAAAAAAAAAACGUAAAGAUUUAACUUAAAUUUUUUCACAUAUUUAUAAUCUGACAUCUUAAAAUAAAAACAUCAUAACCAGCGGCUGAUAUACAGGAAGAGAGAUAACAGCAUUAGUGUAUUAAGCUAAGGGGCUCUUAAGUUUACACCUUUUUGGAUAAAACAUUAUCUCUACAAAGCAAAUUAUUAAAGUGAAGAUAAUCUAUUAUCAGCAAUCGAUGUGUCUAAUUUCGACUGAGAACAUCACGAAAUGUAACCAAAGGAACAAAUCUUUAAACCUCUGAACCCAAGAAACUAAUCGCUCAGAUUCAUCACGCGUGCAGACGGUUUUGCACUGUGCUUCGUUGUAGACGAUUGCUUCUCGAAAUUUUUUAGAUAUGGAGUUCGGCUGGCCGGGCUUCCUUCCUUGUUUCGGUUGUUCUCAGUGUCUUGCAACGACCUCAUUUUUACAAGGUAAUCUUGAUGCAUUUGUUCCACAUGGUGUAUAAUUGAAAAGAACUUAACUUCAGCUGAGGAAUUGUUGAACUGGAGAAACCAUGGAAUGCUGAUGAGUCAGCUCUUUGUAAGGGGGACAUCCACCCUAAGUUAUUCAAGUCAUAAAUAAUGACUUGCUAAAGACUGGGACCAACCUAGCUGUUCGUUUUUUGAGGUGUUAGUAAAUAAUUCAUUAAUAACUUGAGAGAUAACAAAAUUGACUAUUUGUCUUUUCCUUUAUUGUGACUUUUGAAGGUCCUCCAAGAAAGCAACGUCGAGAACGGACAACUUUCACCAAAGCCCAGCUUGAAAUUCUUGACGCCCUCUUCGCCAAAACAAAGUAUCCUGACGUGUUCAUGAGGGAAGAAGCUGCCAACAAAAUUAAUCUUCCGGAAAGCAGAGUGCAGGUAUUGUUAGUAAAAAUCUUAUACUUUCUUAUGGUGCGUUCGAUUUUCUCUUCUUCUCGCUUGCACAAAACUGAAGAAUAGAAAGAAAGUUUUAUCAAGAUUCCAUUCCGUAUCAUUGGGAUUUUUAGGCCAUAUGAAUGAAAUAACGAUGAUGAUGAUGAUUAAUAAUAAUAAUAAUAUUGAUUAAGAUGUUGAUGAUGAUGAUGACGACGAUGAUGAUGAUAUUCUUUUUUUUCCUUCUAUCUAUACGUGUUUCCGUUAUGAUACAUUUGCUGCAAUAUUUAUGCAAUUGAAAUCGAGAGAUUAGAUUUAGUUAGUGUUUAUGGGGUCAUAAAAUAUCGUGACAAUAAGAAGGGGAUUAAUGGUUGAACAGAAUCGAUGAAUGGGAUGACAUUGGCUGUCGAAGACUAAAACUCUGUACAGGAGCUUAUUACAGUGAAACCUCCAUAUAACGAAGGGCCAAGGGAUUAGCAAGUUGUGUUCGCUAUAAGAAGUUUUCGUUAUAUGGAUGUUAUUUCUGAUAUAUUUGACUACUAUUGGCACGAAGAAUGUCGUCUUUUUUACCUAGGACUCGUCAAAUUGAGGUUCCAUUGUAUUAACUAGACCUGUGAUAUUUAGGCCUAAACAAGACAAACGCAAGAAGAAUGGAGUGAGGAAAUGAAAACGUUUCCUUUCUCUCAAACACUCUGCUUCCGGCUUGUGCCUUGGAAACGCCCGGUCUUUAACCUAAAGGAAGCGAUCGGCAAUCCUCCCCAAUAAAGUGAGAAGAGCUAAGGAUUGGGCAUUGGCCGGAAUCUUGCACCCUCUUACCACGAUGCAAAGCUUUUCGAAUAAUACAUGCCUUUUGGUGCAGGUUUUCACCUACUAGCCGUUUAUUUCGAUGAGGAAUGUUGUCUUCAAAUCUGCUCAAAAAACUUUUGGUUGUCACGUGGUUGUCUCUUCUUGUGGCGUGCGUCCGUCGGCGCCACAGGCAAACCAAUGUGAAGUGCACACUCCAAAUAUUCCCUUUGCUUUAUAAAACGGUUUUUUGAGGGGGGAAAGCUGGGGGGAGUCGCAAGGCCAUUCACUUUGUCAUAAAACCCCUUUACUCUUUAUCAUUUGACUAAUUGUUCAAUGUCCCUUUGUAGGUCUGGUUCAAAAAUAAGCGAGCAAAAUAUCGCCAGCAGAAGAAACAACAACAACUCGAAGCUCAAAAUAAAGCAGAAGAAGAUAACAGAGACUCAACGUCAUCACCUCCAGGGGACCAAGAUAAAACAGCGCCACAACAUUUGAGUAACAACUUCAGCUUCAAAGGCGUCGAUUUACUGCAGCCAAACAAAGACUCUCUUAAACAAAGCUCCCAGAUAUUAGCAGAUAUUCAGAGACAAGUAGGUUAUCAGCCCUCUAAGUCAGGCAAUAAUAACAUCGAAGACCUUCUUGCUGCUCUUUCGUCCACAGUUUCCUCGCAACCUUCUCAACUUCGCACGAGUAGUGAGCAGAGUUUCCUUGCAGUUAAUGGCAGCAUACCUUAUUAUGCACAACAUCCUUACUUUCCCUCUGCAACCAAGUAACUUUUAGCCAGAACAUGAUCAACCUGCGAAAAUUGCAAACAUUUUUUACGCCACCAUUAAUUUUCCCGCGCAAAAUGACGUCUGAGGAACGAGCGCAGAAAUUCCAUACUGAUGACGUGUCACUUCCCAGAUCUAGGUAGUGCUUCCGAUUGAUUGAAGCAAAUUUCACUCGAGGCACAACCAAUCAGAAGUACUUCCCAGAUCUGGGUAGUAACACGCCAUCUAUAAAUUUAGAAUCUCAUACGAAAUGUCUGCGCCCGUUCCUCACAGGUCAUUUCCCGAGUAAAACAAGUGAUGGCGUCGCAAAACGUCAGCAAUUUUCGCAGGCUAGGAGAUGAUUGAAAUCAUCCAUUCAAUAUUUGGACAAGAAAAUUGUUUAUUAAAUACGUACUUACCCUUAUUUACAAAUUAUAUCGAGAACUGCACGACCCAAAUUUUCAGGGGCGUGGCUACCUCCUAAAGUAGGCCAUGUAGAAAUAUAAAGUAAAGGACCACAAGGUAAAUAGGUGAUAGCUGAAAACAAAAAACGUGGCAAUUGCCUAUGCAACUUUGUUUUAACCUGCAGUUAAUUGUUUCAUUAGAAUCUAUUGUACUCUUUCCCGAUUUGCUACGCAAGAAAGCCCGUGUCUAAGGCCAAGAGGAAUGAUUACCUUACCGUGGUGUGUACCUCUGGGAACAUUUCUAGCUACGCCCCUGUAAAUGAAAAGCGUUUUUUUGAAUUGAUCUCCUGUGAUUUCCUCUAAUUCUCAAUCUCUUUUUCCUAUAGUCUCUUAUUUUUUAAAUAAUUCCUCAUUCGUUUCAUUUUGACUCCAGUACGUUUCAGGGGGAAUGCGAAAGAUCAAUUUUCAUUAUUAUAGUUUAGUAGUAAUUCAGCGUUGCGUUUGCUUGAAAACGGUAUUCAAGUUCGAUCUGGAGUACUAAUAUUAGAGCUAAGUUCUUUUGUUCUUUUCUAUAACCUGUUCAAAGAUUGGCGUAAAGCAGUCAUGUUUAACUCGCGCGCUGUUUUUUGAGCAUUCCCGCGUUAAUCAUAACUAAUUUCAAAAUCUCAAGUACCAUAAAAAAUCAUCGAUUAACGCAAUUAAAGUUACUAUUGUGUACAUUCAAGAGAAUUAAAGAUUCGACACUGUAUUUAAGAGCAAUAAAUUUGUGUCUC